AUGGGAGCUUAUACCGAGCCUUACGCCGGCAACGGCUUCUGGAAGUCCUUCACCAAGACCUGGCACAACAAGCCCUACAACGCAAUCUCACCCAGCAACCCUUCGAACUCCGCGUCCGGCAAAGCCAUCUUCAUCACCGGCGGCGGCAGCGGCAUCGGCAAAGCCACCGCCCUCGCCUUCGCCCAAGCCGGCGCCGCAUCCAUCGCCAUCUUCGGCCGCCGCGUCGAGCGCCUGGAAUCCGCCGCUGCCGAGAUCCGCAACGCUAACCCUGCGACCAAAGUCGCCACCGUCGGCGUCACAUCGGCGACGGCGCCGCCAGUCGACGUCUUCGUCAGCAACGCCUUCAGCAUGCCCUUCCAAGGUAAGCUCGUCGACACCCAGCCCGAGCAUUUCCGCCAGGGUCUCGACUUGAACCUGAUGGGCACCUUCAACGCCGUCCAGGCGAUCUUGCCGCUGUUGGCGCCGACGGCGACGGUCGUGGAUGUCAAUUCUGGGAUCGGCCAUUUGGGACCCAUACCGGGUGUGCCGCUGUAUGCUAUGCAGAAGGCGGCGAAUAUCAAACUGUUUGAGUAUUUGCAAGCGGAGAAGGGGGAGAUGAGGGUGUUUAGUAUUCAGCCGGGGGUGAUUGCGACGGAGAUCAGUUCUGUGGAGGAGAGUCAGGAUGAUGGUAUGUUUCUUCUCAAGCCCUCUUUGCGCAAAUGGGCGAUCACUGACUCGAUCGAUCGUGUAGUGAUGCUGCCAGCUAGCUUCCAAGUCUGGCUCGCCGCUGGCACGCAAGCGGACUUCCUCAAGGGCAGGUUUCUCUGGGUGAACUGGGACGUUGAGGAACUGCAGGCCCGGAAAGGGGAGAUUGAGGGGUCGUUGCUGUUGAAGGUGCAGUUGACGGGUGUGCCGAUGGAGACUACGUUCGCGCUGUGA